UUUUUUUUUUCUCUACAUACAAAGUUGUGAAAAGUCUCAACCCUUUUUUGUAAUGGCAACGACUACACUUCAACUUUAUUGGGACUUGGCAUCCUUUGAUGCCACAGCUCGUCAAACAGCUGCAGCUGCCCUCAUCAAAUCCUUAUCCGACUUUCAAGCAAAGCAUGAAGAAAGUCUAGAAGCUACUGACAAAGUAGCUGACACAGAGGAAAAAUUGGACCUUUUAUGUGCAUCCGACGUUUCUUAUGCUGUUCGUCGUUUAUUACGUGGUCUUUCUUCUUCAAGACAAGGUGCGCGUCAAGGUUUUUCAUUAGCUCUGACCGAGCUUCUUGCUAUUGUCGAUUGCCUGUCGAUUAAACUUGUACUCGAUUUGUUAUUCAAAUUUACUGAACGCACUAAAUCGAUGAGCGGUGAAGAGAUUCGUGACGUGUUGUUUGGUCGAUUAUUCGGUUUACAAUCUAUUGUUGCUGCCGGCAUGAUCGCGCGAUCCUCAACAACAACAGCUGAUAUUAUACGUAUUGUUGAAAGUCUGCAUGAAAUGGCCACUACUAAAUCCUACCUUGCUGAAGUGUGUCAUCACGUUGUCAUUAACAUGUUAUCUCAUUUCAAAGACACAAAACACCAAGAUGAAGUUGUUGAGAAAAUCAAGGCAUUGUUUUUGGACGGACCUGUCUCUAAUGUCGAUCAAUUAAAUCUUAUCAUUGGCAUGCAACAAAAGCUCAAUAACGUUGAUUUAUCUACGCAAUUAGCCAAGUGGAAAAACCAUAACAUUCUGCAUCCAGCCAACUUGAAGCUCUUAUCCAACAUUUUGAAAGAAAUACCCAGCGAGACUCAAGAAGCUUUGGCUCAAUGGAAGCCUCAAUUGCAUUCUGUCUGGGAUCCUAUUUUGAACAUGUAUUUUUCAGAAAACAAGCCCAAGAAUAUUGCCUCUUUCCAAGAAUUUUGGACUGUGGCUGUUGACAACAGCAUGUUCGAUCGUGAUGCCUCCCAUGGUCGUAAGUACUGGGGAUUCCAACUUGUUGAAAAAGUCCUCCGCCGUCUCUCAUCAGAGCAAAUGCCUUUGAUCUUUACGUCCAACUUUAUGAGAACCUUCAUCAAUAAUUUGGCUUCAGAAGACCGUUUCUUGAACCGUGCUGCUCGACACACUGCUCAAGUUAUUCAAACUGUUGCUGAGGAAAACAAGCAAGUCGGUUUUGCUCUCAUCACACAACUUUUAGGUCAGCACGGUAGUCAACAUUUUGAUCGUAUCACCAAGACCAAAACAGUAGAAAAUCUGUUGACGACGAUGGACACUGAAGGCAUCCAAUUCUACUUGGAAUAUUUGGCUCAUACUUUCAUCGAGUGUUCAUCGGAUGAGGAUGAGGGUGAAAAGAUGAGUGAAGCGAGUCGUGAUUGGGCAUUGAAUCAAUUUACUUUAUUAAUGACAAACUCCAAAAUUCCCAAGAACGAAAGCUGGAUUACCGAGUUGAUCCGUUUCUUCUUGAUUCACUCCUUCUUUGACAUCAACUCCAGUGCAACAAAUGGUAAGAAGAAGAAGAGCGACAGCAAGGAGGGUAGUUACUGGACCGGUCUUUAUAAACCUACACCCGCCUUGUCCCAGGCUACUAUUCGUACUUGCCAGCAAAAGUUCCAAUCCAUUCUCGUUGCCCUCAGCAAACUCGCUCCUACUGAAAAGAUCAGCGCUGGUACACCUAUCAAAACCCGCAAAUUGAAUGGCAUGACAAACGAUGGUGAAUUAUGGGCUUAUAAGGUGUUUGACAUCUAUCAAUCUCUGAAGAAGGAUAAAAAAUUGGUGUCCCAUGUCCAUUUGGAAAAGGAAACAGCCGCUGUCAUCAAUGAGGCUGUCAAGAAGGUAAUGGAGUUGAGAAGCAAGAUGGAAAAGAUUGACAAGAACGAAUGGCAUGAUAGUGUGGAACGUGGUUUUGAAAUCCUCUUGUUGAACUUGAUUCUUCACACUCUCAUCAAUGAAGAGGAAGGUGUCUCUGUUUUAUCAGAAAUUACGGAUUGUUAUGACAAGAUAUUUGCUUCUGCUGCUGCCGCCUCCAAGCGAUCUACUAAAAAGACAAAAAAGGAACAAGAGGAACCAUCGGAUGCUAAUGAAGAGCAACCUGACCCUAUCGAUGUGAUUGUUGAUAUUCUUGUUUCUUUCUUGACAAGUGAAUCACCUGUCUUGAAGAAUCUUGCUGAGCAAGUCUUUGAAAUCUUCUCACACAAGUUGACCAAGCAGUCUCUGGAAAAUUUGAUCGCUAUUUUGGCUGGUGAUGAUAAACAGGGUGAUGAUAUCUUUGAUGAUGAUGAAGAGGACCUCGACGAUGAUGUAGAAAUGAUGGACAUGGAUGAUGUGGAUAUGGUUGACGAAAACGAGGAGGAGGAAGAGGAUGAAGAUGACGAGGAAGUAGACGAGGAGCUCCGUCAAAAGGUAGAAGAAGCCAUGAAGGCACAAGGUAUCAAUGCCACAGAGGAUUCCGACGAAGAAGAAGAUUUGGAUGACGAUGCUAUGGCUGCAUUCGACGAAAAAUUGGCUGAAGUAUUCAAACAAAAGAAACUUGCUAAACAAGAAGGCAAGACCAUGCAACAGAAUAUUGUUCAAUUCAAAAAUAAUGUCAUGGAAUUGCUUGUCAUUUACGCCCGUAAAAAUCCUACCAACCCUCUUGUGCUCAACUUGAUUGUCCCUCUCUUGAACAUUAUCCGCGAUACACCUGCUAAAUCCGUUACCAAUCAGUUUGUGACAAAGGUCAUUGCCUUCUUGAAGACGCGUUUACCAAAGUCACACGAAUAUCCCAAGGAUCAACAUAAUGAUGAUGUUUUUGCUAUUUUACAAGCCGUCCACGACUUUGCCAAGCAAUCUACUUCCAAAGAUACCUCAGAAAUGUGCGUUCAACUUUCUCUUUACCUGCGCAAAUGUAUUUUAGGAGGCGCCGAUUUCGAAGUGACUGAUAGCACAUUGGAUAAAAAGACCAAGAAGGCUUUGGAACGUUUCAUUGCUAUCUACAGCGAUUCAACCAAGUUCUAUCUCGGUACAAAAUCAACCUCGUUCAGUGCAAAUAUCAUUCAGCAGUUAUUACAGCGCUACCCAUUGAAUUGUUGGGACUUGUUGGAUACCUUGGCGACUUACUUGAACAGAGCCAACUGUGCUAAUGCUUAUAGACUCUCCAUGGUGACAAAAUGGAUCAGUUUAAUUGUUCAGCGUACCGUUGGCAAGAAGAACGAAGCCUAUAAUCAAAAGUUCAUUGAAUUGGCACCCAAACUUGUAGAAUCUAUCUUGGCCACCAUUGACUUAUCUUUGAAAGACGAUUCUAAGGGCUUAGAAUACGAAAAUAUGAAACUUUAUUUACGAUUUAUAGCAUUACUUAUUAGACUUUAUAAAAAGGUAGCACCUGAAGCCGUUGAUGUAAAUAAGGUGUGGAAGACUGAAUCCAUCCUAUCCAUUACAAACAAUGAAAAAUAUUCCAAACCAGCCAUUUCUGCAUUAUGUAAGCAGAUUCAACAAUAGUUAUACUUUUUCUCUGUAUCUCUCUUUUUUUUUGUAUUUCUUUUGCUCUACUUUCUGCCCUUUUUUCCUCUUUAUUCCUGUAAACAUAAUCCAUAUACAACAAAUAAACGCUAUAUAAUGAAAACUACGGUUUUCUUAUUUAAUUUAGAAUGCCACAAAGCCGAAUUCUGCGGAUAUGUAUUUUCAUAUUCGCUUCAGUCGCGCCCUUUUUUGAAACUGUUCAAUUAAUUUAGAUCGGAUGAAUUCUGAAAGCACAGCCGCCUUGCUAACUCCUCUUUUUUAAUGCAGAUCAAUAACCAUAAACAAUGGUAACUUUGAUGCUCGUUUUCACUUAUCAAACCAGUCCACAAACACUGACUCUCAAUGUCCCUGCCAUGACUAACAGCUGUUAGAUCUGAUAAAAGAUGUUGUUGUAUAUCAGUCACACAGACAAUGAAAUCAGUGUGAGUAGUACAAUGCAAUAAUUG